UUUUUUUUUUUUUUUGAAGAAAAACAGAAAACAAGACUAAGCAAAACAAAAAAGAGAAAACAAAAUAUAGUUAGUAACUAUAUGUUAGUUUGAAAUGUUAACCAUAAAGAGAAACAAACUCGAUUUGGAAAACUAAACCAAAAAGCCAAAACUAAAUUCAACUAAACUAAACCAAAGCAUUUAUUUAAACAUAAACGCAUAUUAUGCUUAAUAAUGGCCAUAGACUUUUUAAUAUUCGCUGUGCUCCUAAUAUCGUUUUUAAUUAAUUUUUUGGCUUUGGCUGCUUUCUGGGUGACACCCGGUCUACGUACAACGGCCAAUCGUUUCACCAUCAAUUUGCUCAUCAUUAAUCUCGUGGGAUGUAUUAUCUUAGCGCCUACGCUAUUUUUAAGUGGCAACGGAAUAGAUGGUCAUAAAAAUUCAACCGGUUCCAGUGAGUCUGCUUUCAGUUUUUUAUCGUCAUCAGCGUCAUCGAUUUCAAGCGAUGACAGUAUAGAGUUCUAUUCGAAGCCAGGUAAUCAUCAAAUCGUUAUACGUCAUAAUGGUAAAGUGGUACAACAGGAAGGCAUCAUACUGCAAUAUAGCAAUGUUACCGAAUUUUUGAUCGCAACUGGCGAUGGAGGAGAUGAGGAGAAAGCGGAGCACACUAUUGAAACUAUUUACAAAUGUAAUGCCACCUAUUGUCAUGAAGUUACUAUUGAUGAGAGUGGUGAGACUUUGGUUAUUACCGAAAUCGAGGAGAAGAGUUCCGAUGAUUUGCUUAAGGUUGUCAAAAAUCAUCAUAAAAAACAUCUUUAUUUGCCGCAAUUAAGCAUGCGCCCUUGGUCAAUUGAUAUGGCGGCUGCUUUAGGUGCGAUGGGUGUUUUAUUAGUAGUGGGAGACACUUGGUGUGCUAUUACCGAUCCUUUGCGUUAUCAUAGUCGUAUUUCGGGUUUAAAAUCCUGGAUUCUGAUCGCUUUAACUUGGCUAAUGGGUUUGGUGUUCGGCGCGUUAUCGGCCUUCCGUGAAAUCGACUUUGAAUCCGAUACCAUCGUCAACAAACAUAAACGUUUCGUUAUGGAAACUGCCACCUUCUUCAGUCUCAGCUCAACCAAUAACAUUUUUAGUAUGAUUUUUUCUUGUCUUUAUUUUGUCAUCAUUAUACUCCUGCCAUUUGGAUUCGUUUGUGGUAUGUAUUGGCGUAUAUUCAGCGAGGCUCGUGGUAAUGGUUUACGUAUGCGUCAAAAUGGGUCAUCGCCUUUAUUGCAAAGUGCUCUGAAUCUCACUCAUGCCCAUCAGGCAGUGACACAACAAUAUACGAACAGCUUAUGCAUGCAUCGCAAUUCAAUUUCAUCCAAUUCUUCACAUGGAGGAGGCCUGCAAAUGCAAAUUGAUCUGCCAAAGCGUACAUCGCCCGCCUGUCAUAGACGUGAUUCAGCUGCCAAGGUGUUACUGCCACCGAUAUCCGAUGAUGGACAAUCGGAUGAGAACGAUACAUUAUCGGACGGUAAACCAAGCAAUGAACAACGUCCUCAACACAUUAUACUAACACUGCAAACAGCCAGCGGUGAGAUUAAACGUAAUUACUCGGCCCGUCAAUUAGAAUUACUAGAUACAACUUCACAAGACUUUUGCGAUAAUCAUCACUUACCAGGCAUACGUCAAGUGCAUUCGUCGCCGAAUUUGCAUCGUACUGGUACAUUACCUCAACUCGAUGAAGAGAAUAUAUAUUCGCCUCAUUUACUCGGGCGACAUUUACCGCAGAAUUUGCCUAGCGUGCAUUCACUGGGCAAGCAUACAUUCCAGCAAACUAAUGUCAGUACUCGAAUAACGCAUCCUCAUUACCAUCAUCAUCAGCAGCAGCAGCAACAUCAACAACAACAACAACAGCAACAACAACAUCACCUUCAUCAUCAUCAAUCGUUGCAAAUACCUACCAUACAAGCUUCACCAAAAGCCAUUAGUUAUAUGUCUUCGUUGAGGCAUCGCCUCUCGAAUGCCUCCUCACUCUUCAAAUAUCGUGAAGAGUCAAGGGCGGCCCGUAUAAGCAUCUUAGUGGUUAUAAUGUUCCUCGUCUCGUAUCUGCCUUACGGUUUCCUAGUAUUACUGCAGAGUAGAGUACCGUCAGCAAAUUUCGAGGCAUCUUCACAGUUGGCGAUCUUCAUGAUUCUCUUAGCGAACAUGAGUUCGCCUUUCAUUUUCGCCUACCGCAAUAAACGCGUAAGGCGAGGUGUUAAAAGAUUUAUGCAUUUGGAAGGUGUUUGCGGUGAAAAACAAAUGCAACGACAAAACAGUAAUAGUUGCCGUAGCAAUAACACUCACAAAUAUAAUGCAAAUCUUAAACGUAAUAGUAGUAAAAUCUCUACAUAUUCCACGACGUCAGCGCGCUUUCUCACGCCGCAGAGUUCAGUGAUUAGCAAUGGUGCCGGUACAUGUUCGGUAUUGAAUCACAAUAACAACAAUCAUAAUAAUAAUAAUAAUAACAACAAUAACAACAUUACUAUAGGAAAUCUAAGGCAGAAUAGCAGUUGUAGUACAAUUAUUAACUUUGGUUUAACGAAAAACACUUACAGUCUAGAACACCAGAACACUACGGAAGAUGAGACUGAACAAAGACAAAAUUCGCUACAGCAACAGCAACAGCAACAACAGCCGGGCAGAACACGUCCGGUUUUGCAAAGAGGUAUAACAAUAAUUGAACAAGUGCCACUACAUCAAAGCAAGAACCACAACAUUAAUAGUAGUAAAUUGCCCGUUAAAGACAAAUUGUAUAAAUUGUUUUUUAAAAGUUCGCGUAAACAACAUAGCAAUUGUACGAAACAUUUAACUACUACCCAGGUCACCAUUCUCGAUGCUGAUGGACCAACGGAAGUAUAACUUUAAGUUUUUAAUUGUUUAAGUAUUGUAUAGGAAAAUGAAAGUAAAUGCUUUUAGAAUGCUUUUCAGUGACAAACUUACAUGCAUAAGCACACAUACACACCUACACACACACACACACACACAGAACAAUAAUCGACAAAAUAAAUAAUUAAAAACAUAAGUUCUUAUGUAUUUAAAGAGACUCGAAAAAUCAUAGAAACACAGUCUUUCUCUUUCACUCUCUCUCUCUCUCUCUCUCUCUCUGUGUUCUUUAGACAAAAGGUGGUAAGAAAUAAUAAAACUGAAGGUUUCAGUAUAUGAUGUGAUAUGAAUUUUUGUUUAGAAAUAUAUACCCAUGCAUACAUAUGCACACACAAACACCCACACACACACUUACAUGCAUAUAUACAUACAUAUGCAAUAGAUAGAUUAUGAUCUAGUUAUUAAGGAGACUACUGUAAAUGUACAAAAAUUAUUUGCCAUAAGUAAGUUUAGGAUUUCAUUUAAAUCAAAUACAGAGAUAGACUGUGUUCAGCAAGGAUAUUAAGUGUGUGUUUGAGAAUUUUUUUAAUUUGUGUUUUUUUUUUUUAUAAAAAAUUUAUUUUUAGUUUUAAUAUAUUUUUAUUUUUUUACUAAGAGUACUUGUAAAGUUCUCUUCCCAAAUCAGUCAUUCAGUACUUUUGUAGUUGUUAAUAAAAAUUAACACAUAAAUACCAAAAAA